AAAACUAGAUGCUUUACCGUUAUUAAACACCGCUGGUCAAGGCACCGUGAGAAUUGACACGGCAGCGGGAGCGAAACUUAAUCGACCCAAUUGUCAGCAGCCGCUAGCUGUUUGGUGCUGGGUUGUGUUAUGCGGGUCUGGAAGGUUCUGGUUUCAGUUAAUCGUUGCCUUGGAUAGCUCAUUAGCUUCAAGUUGAAUGCUAGCCCAGGGCUAGCCGUGUAGCUCCAUCGGCUGUUGGGAGCUCUCCGCACGGCAUUCAUGGAUUGAUUGGCCGAUCAGUGUGAACGCUGGACUCUAUGUACCUAUUCAAAGUUUUUAUUGUAACACAAACAGCGCCAAUGACUCGCUUGGAUUAAAAACACUUUUUAGAGGAAUACGGGGCACAGACGAUCUGGCAUUGCGACACUGUUUGGAGUGUCGAGGCGGAGUUUGCCGUCAUGUAUUUUCUAACCGGCUGGCCCCGGAGGCUGCUUUGUCCGCUGAGGAGUGAAGAGGAGCCCUUCCACAUCCAGCCCAGCUCCCAGAGGUUUUACUUCGCCGUGCUGUCGGAGACGCAGCUCAGCAUCUGGUUUAGUCGGCCCAGUGUUUUGAUAGUCAGCUAUAUCGAGUCUGCAAAGGCGGCUGCCCAGUUUGGCUUCUACCAGAAGGCAGAAUGGAAACCAGACGACUCCAUGAUAGCUGUGGCGACUGCCAAAGGCUACAUCCUCUUGUUUGAUGUGCUGGGUGGAGGGGAUGACAAAUCCCUCUAUGAGCCUGUCUAUCCAAAAGGAAGUCCUCGUGUGAAGGUGACCCCGGGUUAUAAGGAGGAGCAAUGUGCCCCCGCUCUGUCUUUAGAGAUGAAGAAGCCUGUGGAUCUGGAGGCCCCAAUCACCAGUCUGCAGUCCCUCCAGGAGGACUUGUUGGUGUGCACGGCAGACGGCUACCUCCAUGUGCUGCACUGGGACGGGCUAGGUAGCAACGGACGCAAGGCCAUCUGCCUCACUACAAUCCCCUUCUCGCUAGACCUGCAGUCUGCUCGAGGAGGUCCCUCUCUGGACCUGGAGGGAGUGUAUAUCCGUUGUAUGGAAUAUUGUGUAACCCUGGACGGCUUCGCUGUGGUUCUGAGUGACGGACGCCUGGGCUUUAUCACGCCACUCAGCAACACCAUCACCGCAGAUCAGCUGCAGGGUGUCUGGGCUGCAGAUGUGACUGAUGGCACCUGCGUGGCUGUCAACAACAAGUACAGACUGAUGGCCUUUGGCUGUGCCAGCGGCUCGGUGCUGGUGUACAUGAUAGACACGACAACAGGAUCCAUGCAGCUCUCCCACAAACUGGAGCUCACCCCGAAACACUACCCAGACAUCUAUAACAAGACGGGCCCAGUCAAGUUGAUCUGCUGGUCACCUGACUACAGCGUUGCCAUGGUAACAUGGGAGUGUGGUGGCCUAUCACUGUGGAGUGUCUUUGGAGCUCACCUCAUCUGCACUUUGGGAGAGGAUUUUGCGUAUCGUUCUGAUGGUACCAAGAAGGACCCCAUUAAAAUCAGCUCUAUGAGCUGGGGAGCAGAGGGUUACCACCUUUGGGUGAUCCCUAACAAACAGGAGAGGAGAAGGCAGGAGGAGGAGCAGGAGGACGAGGAGAUGGUCACACCUCCUCACCGCUCCCUGCAGGCCGGCAUACUGCAGUUCCACUUCAUCAAGAGUGCCCUCACAGUCAACCCCUGCACGAGCAACCAGGAGCAGGUGCUGCUCCACGGUGAAGACCGCCUCUACCUGACCUGUGGAGAGCCCUCGCAGGUCCACAGCGCCUCUGACACACACCCACACACACACCUACACCCACACGACAGCAGCCCACUGCAUCAUCCCCCCAACCCCGACUCCUCUCUCUCUCAGGGACUCAGCACUUUACUGGGACACAAGCACUGGCACGUGGUCCAGAUUCACAGCACAUACCUAGAGAGCAACUGGCCUAUACGGUUUGCAGCCAUCGACACAGCAGGCCAGUGCAUGGCUGUAGCAGGGAGGCGGGGCUUUGCACACUACUCCUUAUUCACAAGGAAAUGGAAGUUGUUUGGAAACAUCACUCAGGAGCAGAACAUGACAGUGACGGGAGGUCUGGCUUGGUGGAAGGAUUUUGUCGUGGUGGCCUGUUACAAUUUUACAGACCAGCAAGAGCAGUUGAGGCUCUAUCAACGAUCAACCAACCUGGACAACGCCUUUGCGUCCGUCACUAAGCUGCAUUCAGACACUCUGCUGCUCAACGUCUUCAGAGACAUGGUCAUCCUGUUCAGAGCUGACUGCUCCAUCUGCCUCUAUAGCAUAGAGAGGAGGAACGACAGUCCACAUCCGACAGCCAGCGUGGAGUUGUUGCAGGAAGUGUCAAUGUCUCGCUACAUCCCUCAUCCUGCCCUCGUGGUCUCCGUCACACUCACCUCUGUGCGCACAGAGACUGGCAUCACAUUGAAAGCCCCGCAGCAGGCCUGCAUGGCAGAGAGCAUCAUGUUGAAUCUGGCUGGCCAGUUAAUCAUGCUGCAGAGGGACCGUUCAGGACCGCAGGUACGAGAGAAGGAGACGCCUGCCAACAACAAAAAGCUGCUACCAUUUUGUCCUCCGGUGGUGUUGGCCCAGUGUGUGGAGAAUGUGUGGACCACCUGUCGCUCCAACAGGAAGAAGCGCCACCUGCUAGAGGCCCUGUGGUUGUCCUGCGGCGAGGCGGGGAUGAAAGUCUGGCUGCCGCUGUUUCCCCGAGACCAUCGAAAGCCCCACUCCUUCCUGUCCCGACGCAUCAUGUUGCCCUUCCACAUCAACAUCUACCCUCUGGCUGUGCUGUUUGAGGAUGCCCUUGUAUUAGGAGCAACCAAUGAAACUGUGCUCUACGACGGGCUGCAGGGAUCCUCUGAGCCACUGGAGGCGCUGUUUCCCUUCUGCACCGUAGAGAGGACUUCACAGAUCUACCUCCAUCACAUCCUGAGGCAGCUGCUGGUUCGCAACCUGGGUGAACAGGCUUUGAUGCUGGCUCAGUCAUGUGCCUCCCUCCCCUACUUUCCGCACGUCAUGGAGCUGAUGGUGCACGUCGUGCUGGAAGAAGAGGCGACAUCUCGGGAACCCAUCCCCGACCCUCUGCUGCCCACCGUAGCCAAGUUCAUCACAGAGUUCCCCCUCUUUCUUCAGACCAUUGUCCACUGUGCCAGGAAGACCGAGUACGCCCUGUGGAACUACUUGUUUGCCGCUGUGGGGAACCCCAAAGAUCUGUUUGAGGAGUGUCUCAUGGCUCAAGACCUGGACACAGCAGCCUCCUAUCUGAUCAUACUGCAGAAUAUGGAAGUUCCAGCAGUGAGCAGACAACACGCCACUCUACUCUUCAACACGGCGCUCGAGCAGGGCAAGUGGGACCUCUGCCGGCACAUGAUCCGAUUUCUCAAAGCAAUUGGCUCUGGGGAGAUGGAGACUCCGCCCCCAACACCCACCACUCAGGAACCCAGCUCAACUGGCGGUUUUGAGUUCUUCAGAAAUCGAAGCAUCAGUUUGUCGCAGUCGGCAGACGCCAUCGCUACGGGCAAAUUCAACCUGCAGAAGACCUUCAGUAUGCCCUCUGGACCCACUGCUAAAGGUCGGGACGUGGAGUGUGCAGAGAACAUGUACAUUGACAUGAUGCUCUGGCGUCACGCCCGCCACCUCCUGGAGCAGGUACGCCUUCGCGACCUGGGGUGCUUCUCCGCACAGCUUGGCUUCGAACUCAUUGGCUGGUUGUGUCGCGAACGAAACCGUGUGGCCCGCGUCGAGGACUUUGUCUCUGCGUUAAAGAGACUCCAUAAGGAUUUCCUCUGGCCCUUCCCUGUCAUUCCCGUGGGAAGCAUCAGCUCACCACUGAAGAACGGACGGUGUCGCACAGUGCUGAGCACACGGCUGUUGAAGUCGCAGUCAGCUGACAGCCUGUUGAACAGCGACAUGGACACAGUGCCACCUCAGGCAGCUUCAACCAACCACACCUGGAUAGACGGGCUCGGGCAGCGGGCCAAAGACAUGGACACAGCCUCGUCUGCUCACUCCAACCAACACUCACCACAGACACACGAUGCGUUCCUGUCCCUGCUCACCAACAAAGUGGAAGAGUACAGCGUUGGCUCGGCCACGGACCUGACGGAGACCAGCUCAGUGGUGGAUGGUGAUUGGACGAUGGUCGAUGAGAACUCCUCCACUCUGAGCCUGAGCCAGGCUGAGUUGGAGCACAUCUCCAUGGAGCUGGCCAACAAAGGGCCGCACAAGUCACAGGUGCAGCUAAGGUAUCUCCUUCAUGUGUUCAUGGAGGCAGGCUGUCUAGAGUGGUGUGUAGUGAUUGGUUUGAUCCUGCGGGACGCCAGCGUCAUAAAGCAGGUGAUCGGCUUCCUGGACAGCCCCGAGGUUCCCCAAGAAACUGUGCAGAGUGUUCGAAACGGCUUAUUAGCUGUUGACGCGUGGGUCUCCACUGACUGUCUGGGAUACAAACCAUUUCUGAACCUGAUCCAGCCGCAGCUGCAGGAGCUGAUGGAUUCAGCAGCUGAGCAGGUGCAGCCCGAGGCCUUCCAGCCCAGCACCCAGAGCUCCAAGCUCGGCGGCUCCGAAGGGCUGGGAGGAGCUGCCUUACCGCGGGCGGAGGACAGCAGAGGUGCGGCGGCUCCGCUGGGCCUGACCCUGCCCUCCCUCGAACCCGCGGGAGGUUUUCCCCGUCCCCCCUCUGAGGACUGUCCACCAGAGCAGACAGAGGAGCAGGGGGACGAGGAGGGAGCCUAUGACUGCACCUUAUCCUGAAGCCGGGAGCCUCCUCUGGACUCAAACCUGUGAACUCGAGGGAGAGAGAGGAGGAAGCAGCAGCUGCAGUGGCUGACUGGAAAUAUACUUUAUUUUUGUGCGUAUGUGUGUGUAUGCGUGUGUGAGUGUGCACAGAAAGUACCUUUCCUGCAGGUUCUUACUUCAGUCAGUAUUAUCCGCUCAUCAGAGCUGCCCUUCCUGUCGACCCUGUGGAUACGGAGCUACCAACAGAGCGACAGACAGCCCGACUGGCACAAACUCACGCACAACCAGAGACAGGGUUCAGUCCGAUGGUUCCACUCUAACAGGCCUCAUUAUACCAAGAUGAGCUGUUAGACAAAAGUUUGUCAGUUUGUGUGUUCAUACAUCAGGUUGUGGUGUUUGGAAGCUGUAGACCAGCACAGGAAAGCACCAGGAUUUUUUUUUUUUUUAAUUUCCAAGACAGAUGUUUUGUGUGUGUAGCUUUUCUUUGGCACUCAUACGAAGUGCAACUGGAGCCUUUGAAAUGUUUUUUUUUUCCACUGUCCAGACGAAAAGCUCCAUUGUUUCAUUUGGUUUAAUGCAAGAAUCAGUUCAAAGAUAAGAAAGGAAACCCUGAGUGUAUUUGCAUCAGCAUCAUGCUACAUUGCUAAGCAAAAUGUAGAACAAAGCUCUCGUCAUGAAACAUUUUCAGGACUGAAGUGCGUCCGAGCCUACAGUACAGCGUGCAGUUCUGUUUGUGUGCACAAGAGGUGUUUCAUACUUUCAUACCUCAUUUGAUUUGAAAAUAUUUUGUGAUAACUUUUUCAAUAAUGUAACAGUGUACAAGACAACAUUAUUUUUCUAUUAAUUACACCUUGUCCCGCUUGUAAAAAAAUAAUGGUAUGAAUUCUAUGUAAUUCUUAAGAAGUGACGACCUUAAGAUUUCUAAGAAAAUGAUCUCUGAGAAGAAUCCACCGUUGCGAGUGCAGACUUGUUUCUUGCCACUGGGCAUACCUCUGCUCCUGUUUAUUUUUUCAUGCAACAACGCCCCACCUUUGCUGAAGUUCAGGCCCAAAAGUGUCUAAGGGGAGUCUGAGCCAGGGUUUGAUCAAUCUGAUCUUCUUCAUGUGGUCCAGAUUUUAAACAACAAGCAGAUCAGUGUUUAGCCUUCCUAAAGGGGAGCAGAUUUAAGGCCAUAGUGCAGUGAAGGCGAUUUAAAAACCAAAUCAUUUGAUGCUUUAUCCAGCUUUUAAACACACAUUUGGGUUUCAGUCCGGGACAUUCAAAAUGUGUUUCCUAUCAUCAGCGAGACAGAUUGUUAAUAUCAUGUUAUUAAAGCCAUCCUACUCUGCAGAUUUUGUACCUAUCACCUAUGAAAGAGCAUCAUUUGAUUCCCUUGUCAGCAGUGUUAACAGUGACACGUCGGUAUCAUUUUUUUAAAGUGAGGUUGAGAUUGAUUUUGUCAUGGCAUUUGUUGUGGAAUGGAAGUGUGUAAUUUGCCCCUCAACAUCUGAUAAGGACUCAAUAUUUCGUCCAGUCCGGUAUGCAUAUCACAUCCCUACGUUGGUGCUUUUAGGGCCAUUGUAGGUAUUAAAAAUAAUUACAGAGCCACCGGUGGAGUGUAAUAUUUCAAGAAAAAAAAUCCGUAAUGUGAAAAUAAAUUUGAAAAUGUUUGUUUUUUGCUGGUAAAUUUUUUUUUCUUUGUAAAUGUACAGCUUUAAUCUCAGAAUAUCUUUUGUUUCUCUCAUAAAUUUACCACUCUAAUCUCAUUUUGAGUUUUUUCCCCCUCAAAUAAUGACUUUUUCUUGUAGUAUUACCUCCCUCCCUCCUACAAUGGCCCUAAUACGCUGUCCCCGAACGGCUUGAGACAGUGAUUAAAAUGUGUGUGCUUCUGUGUGGAUUUCUGAAUGUGUGUACCACAUUGUAUUGAGAACGUGUUGACAUGUUUGGUGACUUUCAUCACAUGUAAAUUGAUUUUAUCGUA